AUGAGUGAGGUUAUCAAUGUUUCCUCUGGACCGAGCUCGAACCAUGUGCUUACGCACUUGUACAAUGUCCAGGAAUCACACAUUCCAUACAAGCGAACAGAUCAAAUCGAAUAUAAGAAUCAAACCUUUAUGACGGCUUUCAAGAAGAAGAAUGGGUCUGUUGAUUACUCUCCACGAGCACUAUUGUUUGACUUUCGAGAUGGACUUGGUUCACUUAACAAAUACGAAUACCAUGAGAAAAAACCAACGAUAUCAAACUUUGACCCGAUACAUAUCAUUUACACUGGCCGUAAAGUAGAGAAGAAUGAAUACCAACUUGGACUAGACCAAGGGACAAAAGUGACUGGUGAACUUUUAAGCUCAACAAAUACCAAAUAUUGGGCUGACUAUAACAAGUUGAUAUACCAGCCUUAUUCUUUAUGCACAUUAGAAAACUGGGAACUGCCCAGUGACUCAAGCAACUCAAGCGACUCAAGCAACUUCGGAUCUCACAAACACUUCCACAAUAAAAAAUAUAGCUUGUACAACCAGGGGGUUGAAGAGUUUGAAGAGAAUCCCGAUGAAGGAUUGGAGAACUUUAGAAAGCUUCUUGAAAAUGUUGACUCUUUCCAAGGAGUUAAUCUUUUCACUGAAUUAGAUAGUGCCUGGGGAGGGUUCACUCAUGAGUUGAUUGUUCAAUUACGAGACGAGUACUUCAAUUCAAACAGUAAGAAACAAAUAUGGUGUUGGAGUUUAAGCUCUGCUACCUAUAAACCCAAGUUAAACCAUUUACUUUCUCGAAUACAAACUUUUAUAGAAUUAGCAAUGUCUAGUUCUGUGUUUAUCCCGUUGAAUGUGGAUACAAACUCACUGAUGUUGUCUAAUUUGGAUUCAAUUUCUCCAUGGCAAGUUUCAAGCACAUAUGCCAUUAUUAUCAACUCCCUUUGGGAUCUUAAUAGUAAGCUGAAGGACUCUGUUGACAUGGCAACGCUCGAAGACGGGCUAUUACGUGGUUCUAACUCCAAGAGGAACAUUGUGAAUGAGUUCCAACUAAAGCAAAUUGUACGGAAGCCCAAGCCGAAGGCAAAUCAGUUUGGCAUAAUGGAUGUAGAUUUAUCUGCUUACUAUCAAACAGGAUCAAUAACUACGGUGGGAUCAACUACCGAGACGGUUGAAGCACCUAGCUCCAUUGACUUUUCAUAUUGUUCUGGACCUUCAAGGGCUGAAUAUUUUAGUUCAAACUAUAUUGUUCCGACUAAUGACCAAGACUUGGGACCCAUUGAAGAGAACGCACUAACCAAUAUUUACCAUGACGAUAGUAUUGGCCAGAUCGGGAACAUAGACACGUUCCCCAAGUCAAUCUACACCGUGCCGUUGUCGGACACGUAUGUUAAGUUUGGCAUCAACAACUCCUUAAAGGAGGAGUUGAAGACGUACCGAAAGAUCAUCAAAGGACUUCGAAGAGAUACAGAGGUCAUAGAAGAUAAAGCAGAACUCAUAGAAACAAUCAGUGAUUUCAUUGACGAAUACACUACAGGAUACGAAGAUGAAAGUGAUGAAGAAUAUUAUAAUUAA